CGUGAGGUGGGACCUUAAAUCCUAUAAAUACAUCGUCUCAGCUUAUAACUUCGAAGAGAAUUUUAAAAUGCAGAAAGACUUCACAGUACGUGAAAAUAUGACGUUAAAAGUGAAGAUCAGCAUAACUUAUAACGUAUCAUAUUUUCAUUUUUUAUCAGUUGACAAGACAUCGUCAUGGUCCGAAUCAGCGUGUUAAAUGAUGCACUUAAAAACAUGGUAAAUGCUGAAAGAAAAGGAAAAAGACAAGUUCUAAUCAGACCUUCUUCUAAAGUUGUUGUGAAGUUUCUUACAGUUAUGAUGAAGCAUGGUUACAUUGGGGAAUUCGAAAUUAUUGACGAUCAUCGUGCCGGUAAAAUCAUCGUAAAUUUGAAUGGGAGAAUUAAUAAGUGUGGUGUCAUUUCACCUCGGUUUGAUGUCAAAUUAAAAGAUAUUGAAAAAUGGGCAAGUUAUCUCAUGCCUUCUCGUCAAUUUGGCUAUAUUGUAAUGACUACAUCGGUAGGCAUUAUGGAUCAUGAAGAAGCAAGAAGAAAAAACACUGGUGGGAAGAUAUUAGGAUAUUUUUACUGAAAUAAAAUUUAAAUAAAAUA